GACCUGCCAUGCUCACCGUCGGAGUACAACGACUCCAUCUCCCCAGGGAGUUUUGCCUUGGCCGAGGUUGCGAAUGCUGGAUUGGAGACAGUCGUGGCCGAGGUCAUGGAUCCUGUUCUGGCUUGCCAUGCAGCUUCCCACAACUACGAGCCGGUGAGGGUGGAUCCGCACCUGGCAGUGGCUCCAUGUGAACCGGACAAAUCCUCCGACACUGGCGAGCUGCCCACAGCCGGUGCACAAGCCAACAUCGGAUGCCCCCUGGCAGUGUACCUCAUGGACAUCCUCGCCGUCAUGCGGUUGGAUGCCGAUUCGUGCGCGAGCAGCGCCGUAGGGAGUACAGAGAAGGCCCCUGGAUGUGCGGCGGAAACGCAUGCGACCAAUGCACUGCAUCCCCAGGCCGUGGCAGACGAGAGGGAGAGGGAUUGGCAGAUGAUGUCCGGUGAGCUCGAGAAUGGUUGGGACGCGCGGCUCGAGGACCCCUGGAACGGCCUCGUGGAGGCGCAGCCAAAGCCCAGACCGAAGUCCGCACCGGCGAAGCCGCGUGCCGACCCAGGUCCUCCGCUCAGCCCAAGCGAAGCAAGCUUCGUCGUUGCCCAUCGCAUCCAACAGCAGCAGAUCCAGCGCGGUCAAUCCUGGAUCGAGGUCUCCAUUAACAAAUGCAACCUUGUCAAGCACUAUCCAAACCUUGAGAACAUCGUAGAUCCCGAGGCCGUGACCGAAGCCCAUGGAGGCCAAAGCGAGGCCAGGCAGCCGGAAGCGCUGAGGAGGCAAAAGCACAUGUGCAGAGCAGGCUACAAGAACCCACGCGCCGUGACGCUGCUGCCGGACAUUGCCUUUUUGGGAAACUCGUGA